AUGGACGGGCCGGGAGCAGCGGCGGCGGCCACCGAGGGCUCAGCUGAGCUCGUGGGCGCGGGCGCGGGCUCGGACGCGAGCGCGAGCGCGGGCGCGGGCGCGAGCGCGAGCGCGGGUGGUGGCGAGGCCCCUACCAGCCCCGGGGGUGGCCCGUGCUCCAGCGGCGAGGCACUAGGGUCGGGAGCUGCGGCCCCGGCCCCCGCGGACUCGACCCCGCACCCCGAUGGCUCGCGUCCCGGCUCGCCCGCGCCGCCCGCGCCGCCCGCACCACCCUCGCCGCGCGACGGCACCCACUCGGACCUCCCCCGGGACGAGGCCGAGCGGCCGCCUCCGGACGGCGGUGGCCUUGAUCAAAAAACGCGAAAAAUUCGGCACAUCGUUGAAGAAGCUAUUAGUUCAGAGUCACGGCAAGUGGUACUGAAAAUCCUUGAUGAAGUGAACCAAUUGUCAAUGGUGGAAAAAUUGUAUCUUUAUUUAAAGUUGCCCACUGGUAAAGCAGCUCCUGUGGAUCCUCUCCGCCAGCCACUAAAUCCAUUGGGAAGUCGUUUCGAGAUACAGCAAACUAUAACGUGGAUUAAAACUCAUUUGGAAGAAGAUCAAGAAGUAUCAUUGCCUAAGCAAGAUGUCUAUGAUGAGUACCUGGAAUAUUGCUCCCAAAAUAAGAUGAAGCCCCUUUCAAAUGCUGACUUUGGCAAAGUGAUGAAGCAAGUGUUCCCAUGUGUCCGGCCUCGUCGACUGGGCACUCGUGGCAACUCUCGUUACUGCUACUCAGGCAUGCGCAAGCGGAUGAAGUUGCAGCCACCACUGCUUCCGGAUUUGGGUGAACACAAGUAUUCCCCAUCCCAUUCUGAGGAUGAAGUGGUGUCUGCCGCAUCGUGCCUAAUACGUGAGUGGGCCGAAAAACUACUCAGUGUGAAAUUUGACAGUUUGCGUGAUCUUGCAUGCCAUCUGGUGGAGAAGAUGUGUGUUGACUCAAGGUCUGUGGCUGCAUUCACCCUCCUCUCCGGGGCUGGAGGGAAGGUCAAUGGCACAGAAUCCACCUCUCCUUUGGGCUUGCCCUCAGCUCCUUCUGGAGGUACCAACAAACAUUUGGAAACCCAGAUGCAGCUCCAGCGUAAGCUCAAGGAGCGGGAAAUGAUUCGAGAACAAAAGCGCAAAAUGCAGGAUCAGCAACAACAGCAGUCUGCUGCUUUAUCGAAAGGGUCAGCAUUUGAGAAGCUGAAGCCAUCAAAACGUGCCAAACUAGGUCAUUUGAAGGAUCGCAGAAUAGCUUCUACUUUAGCACUGAUGCCUGGAACUUCAACCUCUACCAAUUCUACCGUAUCAUUAGGAGCCUCUGCUUCACCUUGGGAUCCUGUAAGGUCAGAAGAUGGAACUGUUGGCAAACUGGGUGCUUUGGGACGUAGAGGCAAGUCCGCAUCGGUAGACAGCAUUGCAACUACCUCUGACACAAUUGCACUCCGUCAAGUGAUGACAGCUUCUGUUCCAGUGACAAGUACUGAUCUUGUCAGGGAGCCGAGAGGGGCCCUGGAUGAUGCAUUUGUGCCAGUGCAGCCUCCUGCACAAUUUGGUGUUACUCUCCCUUCUUCAGGCAGUGUUCCUGAUAAACUUCCUAUUCCACGUAUAGUGAAUAGUAAUGCUAAGCCAAACUAUUCUAAACCAGUCUUAGCUGCUUCAAAACCAGAUUUAAUUGCAAUGCCACAUCAAAAACUCUCUCUUGUUCUUCGGAAAAAGUUUUAUAAACCAAUUCAGCCAAAACCAGAAAAUUUAGGUCUAAAGCCCAAAGAAUUUCCUGAAGUUCAAGACAAAGAACACAGAGAGCUUGUUUCAGAUGAUGGCCCUAUAAAUGCUGAAGUAUGCGUUGCCACCACUGUGAAACUGGAGGGAGAAGUAGCGCAACAAGUUGCAGAAAGUGAUGUUAAACUUGAGAAUGAUCCUUUGAGUGAUUAUUUUCAUGGUGGGCACAAUUCACAAGAACAGGAAGAAGAACUCAUGAGGUACUUUCAACAUCAGACCAGCUCCUCAAGCAAUGAAGAGUUAGAUGAAGCACUUAUGCCAAGGAGAAGUGCCACAGCAGAUCCCACCAAGUCAGAUCAGCUCUCUCAGCUGAGAAUUCUUCUGGAACGUAACCUGAGCAAUGCUACUGCUCCAACUGGUCUCAAUGUGCGGAGACCACCUGGCUCAGACUGUCCAGCUGUAUCUACAGGGCCACCUCUGGUUGAAGAUCCUAUUGCCAAUGAUGAUGUGUUUCUGUCUGGUCCAGUUAUGACGCUUCCACCUGGUGCAUCUGCUUCUGCAAGCUUGUCUCUCUUAUCACAGCGAAGCCAGCAAAAGAAGCAGUCUCAACCACCUCAACCACUUCCAAACAUGCCUCAGAAACCUAGUUUACUCCCCUCUCUUUUAGCAAGUAAUCACAGUGGUUCAAGUUUAAGUGUUCGCCGCCGAGUGAGUUUUGAAACAUCUGUUACUGAACAUUACCACAAUGACAAUGGUUUCCAAAACACAGUGCCACCUAGUCCUAACACACGGCGUAAAUUUUUCAAUUUCACCCCCAUUUCAGCGGGACCUCAUUCUCCUCUAGGUCAAAGGCCUUCAGCGCCAUCUUCUAAACCAUCUAGUGCUAAUGCAAGUCCGUUUGUUUCACCAAGGAACACUCCGGUUCCCAGAAAUAGACAUAUUUCUUCAUUUCCUCCUGUUCAAUUGAAUAAUCAGUUAGGAGCCCGAACAAGAGUACCUGCCAAUAAAGUUGUUCGUUCGAACUCUGUGAGUAGUGGACUAUCUCGUAAUCAGUUCCAGCCAAUGCGACCCAGACCACUAUCAACAACUGCUCCAUUAUUACAGAAUUCAUGUGAUGGUUCCUCUCAACCUGAUUUCUCUCUUAAUUUCUCACAUACUCUUGAUUCAGCUAGAGUGCUUGAUUCCAUACAUGGAGAAAUGCAGCUUUCCUUGCCACACUCCACUGCAUCUCCAAUGUCUUCAUCUGCUCCACAGUCACCGAUGAUUCCCAAUAAUCUCAUGCCUGCAGCAAGAAAUUGUGUUGUAGAAGAACCAUCGGAGUAUGUGAACUCAGACUUUUUACUCAGUGAUAUGAUGAAUCAUACAAAGGUUGUUCCUCAGUGCACUGAUAAUAUGGAUUCCAAUUUCUUCUCAGAUACAAGUGCAAAUUUACAAGUGCCCCCGCAUCAGCACCAUCCACAACAAAUGCCUGUUCCCACACCUGAUCCCUUGGCACAUGAAGUGAGUCAAUUCUUCCCUGAUGAUGUAGAGAGAACACAGAGAAGUGUUCAACAGCAGCAACAACAACAACAACAACAACAGCAGCAACAACAGCAGCAACAGCAACAACAGCAGCAGCAACAGUUCCAGUACAGAUCUCAAUCUGUACCAUUGCAUCGCAUGUUGUCUACAAGUGAUUUGAUAUCUCCCCAUUAUGCCAUGCCCCAGUCUGUAGACACAAAUUUCCAUUUGAACAAUUUUAGUUUGUCAGCGGCAAGUUCGGUUGCUCCCACCCCAGUUCCAAGUGAAUGUAUGGAUUUCACAAGCAUUGCUGAUGGUUCUACAGGAGGGCCUACCACUAAUUUAAUUAUCGAUGGUGCUGAUCCUGAAACAGGACUAAAUUCCGAAAAUUUGGAUAGAAUCUUCAAUAUAUUAGAUGAUGCUCAAGAACAGCAAAAGCAAGAAGAACAACAAAAGCAACAAAGGCAACAGGAGCAACAAAAUCAACAACAACAGCAACAUAAUAUGCAACAACACCAAGAACUUCAUCAACACCCAGGGAUUCAUCAACAACAAGAACUCCAACACCAAGGAAUUCAUCAGUCUCAAGACCUUCAACAAAUGCAGCAACACCAAGAAACACGGCUACACCAGUCUCACUGUCCAGAACAAGAACCGGUGCAAUUAAGACAGCAUCAGCAACAUCAUCACAACCUUCAACAGCAGCAGCAGCACCACCACCAUCCACCACCACCACCACCACUACCACCACCACAACAGCAGCAGCAGCGACAUCAACAGCAGCAGCAGCAACAUCAAGAGCAGCACCAUGAAAUUGGCCUUACAUUAGACUUAGUAGCAGCUGAUAAUGUGAGUGGAGAUUUCCUGGACCUGCCUGGGCAGAUGCGACCUAUUGUUCAAUCUUCACGCUCAUAUCCCAAUACGCCAGUUCCAUAUAAAUGUGCAAGCAUAAGGGAUCCUUUGGUUACUUCUUUCAGUGCAACAUCAGAAACCUUGGAAAACAGCCCUACUGUCCUUGGCUCCAGGUCUUUACCACCAACACCCCUUCUUUCCAUUUUAGAUGAUGAGACAACCCCAUUCCAAAGUAUUGUGGAUAGAGAUCCAAUGUUAACCCUGAAUGCACUCAAUACACGGCUGUCAGAUGACACAAGCAGUUAUGUUCCUAGGAGGAACAUGAACUCCUUGUUAGAAGAGUCAUUGACCCUUGAUACUCUUGAUCUUCAAGAUUGUGAAGGAUUUUCACAGCUCACUGAAGUGGAAUCCUCUGUUAAUGACACUUAGUCAAUAUAUUGGACAGAGAAAAAAGAUCUGGCACUUGCCAUUUUCAAUGAAUAGCAAUUUUGGCAAGAAUUGUUAUUAAUUUAUUGUUGGAUAAAAGUUCAAUCUUUCUGAUGACACAAUUAUGAAAGUUUCUGUUUAAUUGCUUAUAAUUUGGAAAUAUUUAAAGGUACAACAGUAUGCACAGUUCUUCAUUGAUAUAAUUCUGUGCAACAUUUGUUUCUGGUGGCAACUGUGCCUAAAUAAGCCUUCACAUAUAGUACAAAUAUUAAAAACACCAACAAUUUUGCACUAAUUUUACUUUAACUUUAUAAUAUUAUUUUUAUUUCAAAGAUUCAGAAUGAUAUUUGAUUUUCUUAAAUUCACAUGACAGCAAGUGUCAGAUUUCAUCUGUGAUCCGUGCAGUUAUUGAUGUUUGUGAAACAGACAUAUUUGAUCAGAUAUAUCUGUAUAUACUUCAACGAAUAUUCACCAUCCAGCUACUUACUGUGAUACAAAUCUUUAUAAAAUGGUGAAUUUUUUUACAAUUUUCACAAAUAAGCUUUAACUGUGAAAGCAAGCUUAUAAAAUUUACAGUACUGUAUUCUGUGCAUAGCUUGUGUAUUAUGAAAUGUGAAGUGCUGAGGCUACAGAAUCUUAAAAUGUGCAAUCAAGUUAUUAGUCUACAUAUUCAGCUGUGUGUGGGUGCUUGUGACUUAAAUAUUUUGUUAGCUUGAGGAAAAUGAGUUUGUCCCUGUAACAAUAUUGAUGGAAAGUGGGCCAGUUUGAUAUAACUUUAUUAGUAUUUAAUCUUUUCUUGAAUUUUCCUCUUGUAGGCCUUUUAAAUUUCAUAAAUGUAAAAUCAGUAUUCUUCAAGAAGCUGAGUAAUGAAUAAUUUUCUGUAACAUUUCACAUUUGUUGCUAUGGAUGCAUUGCAUGCAUCCACCUGAAUUGCAUUGACUUGAAAAUGCAUUGAAAAAUGUUAGCACAGAAUGCAGUAACUUAUACGAAAUGUUUUGCCAUUUGAUGUAUCAUUUUUGGAGAACACAUUACACCAUAAAAUGUCAGGAAUCAAAGCUAUAUUGCCUGUUUGCAUGGUGUUAGGAUCAUUGUUUUGAUACAAAAUUUGCUGAUUUUGACCUUAAAUGGUAAGUGUGUUUUUUAUAUGGAGUGACUUUUUGGAAACUGCUGCCUUGGAAAUUAUGGUAUUUCUUGAGUACGAAUAUUUGAAUUCCAAGUCCAAAUCCUCGAUUGGAAGAAAUGAGGAUGACAAAACACUUCCUAUAUUGUUACUAAGCUUUCUUAAUAGUGUGCCUUGUGAGAUCUUAACACAACAGAAGUUCUCUAUGCUUGGAAGGGGAAGUGAAAACAGCGUUGUCGGUUGAUCCCAACACUUCUCUUUUUCUUUUUUUCUUUCUUCUUUUUCAUCUCCUCAUCAUCAUAUAUGUUGCAUCUUUUUAGUGAGCAUAUCUACCUGGUAAUGAGAGGUUAUUCUUGGGUAUUAAAUGUGAAUAAUUGGCAAUUUCAUGCAUCAGAGUUCAAGUAUAAACUCUGAUGUAUAAACUUUUAGUCUGUGAAUCAUUUAAGAGAGAGGACACUGUGCAAACUCUUCAGAAAUUGAAGGUUCUACCUUUAAAGUGGUCUGAUAAUGUAGGUGAUGUGAGUGUGUUGUAUAAAAUUUUGUAAAGAUCAUGUAUAUCCAGUCCUAACUUUUUAAAAUAAUUAAAUUAUUUGGGAGCUCUCUUAUGAUGAUAAUAUUUUUCUAUGUGUAAAAAGACGGGAUUUUAUGUACUAUUAUGUGUGUGUGAAGUAAGUUUUGUCUUACGACAUCUGAAAAAUGACAUGUUCAAAAGCUUCUAUUAAUAUUUAAUUAUUAAUGGGAAAAGUUUUACAGAAGUGAAUAUUGCAGAUAUUAUUUUAUUGCAUUACUACUUUUUAAUUCUCCAAAAUUCUGAACAUCAUGUGUUUAUAAUAAAACAAUGUAGAGCAAACAAUGAAAAUUAACAGUAAAUUCAAAUUAUAUAUUUACAGUGUAAUUGAGCAUAAUAAGUAGAAGGAAAGAUUACACAGUCACAGGGUAGAUCUCAGUACAUAAAAUUGCUAUGGCACGUUGUGCUUUGGACAAGCAGAUUUUGUGGGUGGGAGUAACAUUCCAGAGAAUAGAUAAGAAAAAAUAUAUUUGUCCCUAUUCAUAUUUGAUUCCCAGACAUCUAGCUAGAGACUAGCUGACUGAUGAGCAGCUUCAUUCUAUAAUAGAAAUGUUUCUUCAAAAGCUAUCAGGAGGAUUUUGGCACCACAAAGCUUAUUGUAGUUCUUGAUAAUUUUGAAAUUAAUAUUGGAGUUCUGGUGUUUGUUCACUAAAAUGUGAAUAAAAGAACUACCUAGAUUCCCGGACAUCUUGCAACUAUAUUCAGUUUUGUUUAAUUAUCUUCAUAGCAGUAAAUGUGCUGGAAGGAUACAAAAGAGGGGCUCUUGUUGUUACCCAGCAAGCCCCACAAAGGUGAACUAGUCAUAUAAUUUCACACACAUCUGUUUUCAGGCAGCUUUACUUGUACAGAUAUUACAUUAGUUGUCAUGACUGCCCCUCCCAUGGGCUAGAAAAGUUAAGCAGCUCUGUCUCUUUGUCCUUCCCCAUCUUCUCUCUUUCUUCUUUAAUAAGUGAAGGAGAUUCAUGGUGUAAGUACUUUCCCUUUCAAGAUUGUGAGAGAAUUAACAGUCUAUGAAUUAUAAAUAGUGCAGCAAAAAGUUCCCUGUCAUUCUUUUAAUAACUACUCUUAAUUUGUGUUGCUUAUAUCUUUCCCAAUGUGUGGCUAACACUCUUCAUUGUUUGCAUAAUUUCAGAUUUGAUUCUGAAUUGAUACAAUAUUACAUUUUCCUUGGAGAAACGUAGAAAAAUGUUGUGUUAUGUCUUCUGCGAAUGAAUCUUAGUAAAAUAACAAACAUCUGUGGUUGUACCACGACCUCUACAGACCAUCACAGUGAUUGUCUCAGGUUAACAACCACUUGAUUCAAUUGGAGAAUUACAAACACAUAAAGGGUUUGGGAUCUGAAUUCUUGAUUUCAAAUAUUAAAUUUUUGUUUAUAUACGCUCAGCAUGAAAUUUUUUAGGAAUUUAAUUCA